UACUCGAUCAAUUCGAGGGGUUUGUCUUCAUUCUUCAAUAUGGCUCUCUCCAAACUGCUAGUUUUUGUUCCAAUUAUCUUCCUAAUUCUGAUGGGAAUGAUGACCGAGGCGGCAACUCCUCCGGGAAUUGCGAAGAAUCCUAGCAAUGCAAGGUGUUUGAUAAAGAAGUACAAGCAUUGUUACAAUUUGGUGCAUGUGUGCCCCAAGUUUUGUCCCGAUAAGUGCACAGUUGAGUGUGUGUCAUGUAAACCCAUCUGUUCUGGGGGCACAACAUCUCCCACUACACCUUCACCAACACCUACACCUACGCCACCAACUCCUACUCCAUCACCUCCCAAAUAUUACCCUUCUCCUCCUCCUAAAACUCCGACACCACCAACCCCAACCCCAACACCGCCAACUCCAACUCCAUCACCUCCCAAAUAUUAUCCUCCUCCUCCUAAAACGCCCACACCGCCUACUCCAACCCCAACACCGCCAACUCCAUCACCUCCAACUCCAACUCCCACACCACCAACCCCGACCCCAACACCUCCAACUCCCACACCGCCAACCCCAACGCCUACUCCCUCAUCGCCAACCCCUACUCCUUCACCUCCAUCAACUCCUACUCCACCAAAGAAAGGAAAGUGCAAGAACAAGAACUACCCCCAGUGCUACAACAUUGAACAUGCAUGCCCUAGCUCCUGCCCUGGUGGAUGUGAGGUGGAUUGUGUCACUUGCAAGCCAGUCUGUAAGUGUGAUCAACCCGGAGCAGUGUGCCAAGACCCUCGUUUCAUAGGCGGUGACGGCAUUACCUUUUACUUCCACGGCAAGAAAAACCACAAUUUCUGCCUCUUAUCCGACUCCAACCUUCACAUCAAUGCCCACUUCAUCGGCAAGCGAAAUGCCAACAUGAAACGCGACUUCACAUGGGUCCAAUCCAUCGCCAUCCUCUUUGGAAAACACCAACUCUUCAUCGGCGCCCAAAAAACUGCUACAUGGGAUGACUCCGUUGACCGCCUUGCCCUCUCCUUCGACGGCGUGCCAAUCACCCUCCGGGAAUCCGAAGGCGCUAGGUGGCAAUCCGAGAGCUUCCCACAUGUCUCAUUCGUAAGGGUGGGUGACACCAACAAUGUGAUGGUUGAAGUUGAAGGCAAGUUUAGGAUCACAGCCAAGGUUGUGCCUAUAACUGAAGAAGACUCUAGAGUUCACAACUAUGGUGUGACAAAAGAUGAUGCGUUGGCUCAUCUUGAUCUUGGGUUUAAGUUCUUCUCUUUGAGCAACCGAGUUAAUGGUGUGUUGGGUCAGACUUACAGACCCGAUUACGUGAGCCGGGUCAAGAUUGGAGCCAACAUGCCUGUGAUGAGUGGUGACAGGGAGUUCCAAACUUCAGGACUUUUCGCUGCGGAUUGCUCCAUUGCUAGGUUUAAUGGUGCUAGCGACUCUGAGAAUGAAGGGUCUGUUGAGGGUUUGGAGUUUCCAAGCUUGAACUGUGCUAGUGGGAUUGAUGGUCGAGGAGUUGUGUGCAAGAGAUAGACGAGACAUCGUUCGAUCUGCAUUUCUUGAGAGACAAUAAGUAUACAAGUUUCAUUCAUAGAAACAAAUAAUUUGUAAUUGGAGGGUCAGCAAAAAGGUGUACCCUCCAGUUGAGUGUUGGUCAAUUUAAUUUAGGGUUAUUAUCACAAAUGGUAC